GGUCAUACUUCCGUACCACUUCCCAAAAGAGAUGGGGAAAUAAAAAAAUAAACUAUUUAAGCCCUCUUGCUUUCCCCUCGCUUUCCCCAGUUUUUCUUUUCUUGUUUCUUUCCUUUUCUUUUCUGUUCUCUUCCUCUUUUCCCCAUCGUUCCCCCCUUAUCUGGCGGCUGUCUUCCUUCUUGGGUAGACUUCACACUUGCUUGUUGUCUACUUGAAGCGAAGGAAAAGUCUCUGCCAACAUGCCCAUUGGCAACUUAUACUUUAUUUCGGCCAUCGCCGUCAUCGGUGGUGGUCUUUUUGGUUUCGAUAUCUCGUCUAUGUCGGCUAUCAUUAGUACAAAGGCCUAUCUUUGCUACUUCGACCAAGGCGCCCCUCAAUAUGAUGACAGUGGAGAGCGGGUUUGUAAAGGUCCCUCGGCAGAUGUCCAAGGAGGUAUCACUGCCUCAAUGGCUGCAGGCUCUUGGCUGGGGGCCUUGAUUUCGGGGUUUGUGUCCGACAUGCUUGGCCGUAAAUCUGCCAUCAUGAUCGGUGCUGUCAUCUGGUGCAUCGGUUCGAUUAUUGUUUGCGCCGCCCAGGAUAUUCCUAUGCUGAUUGUUGGUCGUAUUAUCAACGGCCUAAGUGUGGGAAUCUGUUCCGCCCAGGUGCCUGUCUACAUUUCGGAGCUGGCCCCUCCUACAAAGCGAGGUCGUCUCGUAAGCCUGCAGCAAUGGGCGAUUACAAUCGGCAUCUUAAUCAUGUUCUAUAUCUCGUAUGGGUGCAGCUAUAUCGAAGGCACCGCCGCUUUCCGGAUUCCGUGGGGUCUGCAGAUGAUCCCCGCUGUUUUGCUAUUCUUCGGGAUGAUGCUGCUUCCCGAGUCCCCUCGCUGGUUGGCUCGCAAGGACCGGUGGGAGGAAUGUCGGGAAGUCUUGACUUUGGUUCAUGGGAAAGGCGACCCGGAUUCUCCGUUUGUUCACCGUGAAUUCGAAGAAAUUAAGAGCAUGUGCGAAUUUGAGCGUCAAAACGCCGACGUCUCUUACCUGGAGCUUUUUAAGCCCAAAAUGAUCAACCGUACCCAUGUUGGUAUCUCCAUGCAGAUCUGGUCUCAGCUGACCGGUAUGAACGUUAUGAUGUACUACAUCACCUAUGUCUUUGCUAUGGCUGGUCUGGAGGGCAAUAACCUUCUCGUCUCCUCCAGCAUCCAGUACGUGAUUAACGUCUUCACGACAAUCCCCGCUAUUAUCUGGGUCGACCGCUGGGGCCGCCGUCCCACCCUCAUUGCUGGUGCCAUUGGCAUGCUCACCUUCUUGUUCGCCAACGGCGGUCUCAUGGCCACUUAUGGCCAUGCUGCCCCAGCCGGAGGGUUGAACGGCAUUGAAGCUCAGUCCUGGAUCAUCAGGGGUGCCCCCAGUAAGGCUGUGAUCGCCUGUACGUACCUGUUUGUCGCAUGCUACGCGAUUUCCUGGGGUCCUGUCUCGUGGCUGUAUCCUCCUGAACUGUUCCCUCUCCGCGUCCGUGGCAAGGCCAACGCGCUCUGCACAUCCUCCAACUGGGCCUUCAACUUUGCUCUCGGCUACUUCGUUCCCCCGGCCUUUGUCAAUAUCAAAUGGAAGGUUUAUAUCCUUUUCGGGGUCUUUUGUGCCACCAUGGCUCUCCACGUGUUCUUCAUGUUCCCCGAAACUGCCGGUAAGACUCUGGAAGACAUCGAGGCCAUCUUUACCAACCCCGACGGCAUUCCUUACAUCGGUACUCCGGCCUGGAAGACCAAAAACGAGUACAGCCGGGGUGCUAUUCUCCAACAGACCGGCUUCGAUGCCGAUGAGGAGAAGCGUGUCGGCAGUGUUGCAGUGCAUGCUGAGGUGGCCGAGAAACACGUCGCUGAUGCAUAAAUUUAUAUGAUAAAAUGACAAGAUGAGAUGACAAAAAAAAAAAAAAAAGCGAAACCCACGACCACUGAAUACGAGAUCUCCAUGGACAGACAGACAGACAGACAGAAAGAGAGAGAGAGAGAGAGAAAAAAAAAAGGUGGUAGCUGCGGUCAUGUGUCUGGGUGUUUUAUUAAUUCCUUCCAUGUAACUAUAUUUUGGCGUUCUCUUCCCUGAAUUUCUUUUUCCCAGGAUCAGAUUGAAAAGGUCAAUAUUCAUCAUCAAUUACUUAUUUUUAUUUUUUUUUUCACUGUC